UCCUUCAGUGCGCGUGCUCCGUGCGGGAUGCUGAAUUGUAGGUGAUGAUGGCGGAAGGGGAGCAGCGCUGAGUUUUAUCUGAGUUUUUAGCACAGCUGUAGAACCAUCUACAACAUCGUUUCUCUCCGUCGAGACCUAUCCCGAGACGAUGGGGAACGAGGCCAGUAUGGAGGGGGAGGGACAGGCGGGACAGGCCGGCCCCGCCGUCCCUGCUGCAGGGGCUCCGGCUUCCAUUUCAGCACCACCGGACUCUGGACAGCUCAUCAAGCCGAGCAACGGAGCUCCAGUCGGAGGAAGUGGGGCUGGACCCGGGCCGGGGAUUAACAGACCACCUCCGUCAGACCCAGGACCUAAAUCAACAGUCCAGAGUGGCGUUGGGACAGGUGACAGGCUGGCCGCCCAUGACACUCCUCAGCACGCUGCAGCUCAAGGCGAGCAGGGCCACGGCCACGUAUCCAGGAAGAGUCUGCAGGUGGAUGUGGGUAGCAGCAGGCCUGGGAGGUCCCCUUCUGUGUCCCCAGACCGAGGCAGCGUCCCCACCUCUCCUUACUCUGUGCCUCAAAUCGCGCCCAUGCCCAGCAGCAAACUGUGUCCCGUCUGCAAAACCACCGACCUGACGGGCACUGGGGACGACAAGCCCAACUCCAACACCUGCACACAGUGUCGCUCCAUGGUGUGCAACCAGUGUGGCUUCAACCCUAAUCCUCACCUAACAGAGGUAGAAGAGUGGCUGUGUCUGAACUGUCAGAUGCAGAGAGCGCUGGGGAUGGACAUGACCACACCACGCUCCAAGAGUCAGCAGCAGAUCCACUCUCCCUCUCACACACCCAAUCCUGAACUCAAACCUGACGUUUCAACUCAGCCUGCACCCCAGACACAUACCCCUCCCCAGACGCAGCCUCCACCACAGGCCAUCCCAGGGUCUGGCCCUACCAGGCAAGCCGGUCCAGCUGGCCCAGGUCAGCAACAGAUAAAGCUUCCUCCGGGGGCAGUCCCUCUCCAUGGGAUGGCUAAGGCCCCAUCCCAGCCUGAUUUAUCCCACAGCUCUCCUGCCCACCAACCCCACCACCCCCGCCAGGACCAGACACGUAGUGCAGGGAGCUCCCCUUCACGACAGCCCCCGCCUCCAGAACAGACGUUUGGGAAAUUGUUUGGCUUUGGUGCUUCUCUCCUUAACCAAGCCAGUACACUCAUAUCUGAGACUACUCAGCCCCAACAACAGCCCCCAAAACCGACCCCUAAACCCGGAGGACCUCCUGGUCCAGGACCUGGGGCGAGCAAACCCUCAGGACCUCAGCCUACACAACAAGGGCCUCGAGCCCCUUCUCAGCAGCAACAACAGCAAGCUCCCCCAGACACUUCCAAACCCAAAGCCUGUUGUCCCCUCUGUAAGACAAGCCUCAACGUAGGCAAUACAACAGAACAGCCCAACUACAACACCUGCACACAGUGCCACUCCCAAGUGUGCAACAUGUGUGGAUUCAAUCCCACCCCACACCUAGUUGAGAAGAAAGAAUGGCUAUGCUUGAACUGCCAGACACAGAGGGCUCUGUCAGGAAGCUUGGGAGAUAUUCCAGCUCCCGUUGCACAGCCCAUGGGAUCUCCCCGCCCAACUGCUCCAGCCAAUCAACAAACACCUCAGCAGAAAGGCCCCAAUCAGCUUUCAGGGCCAAGGGCCACAGGUCCACAACAGCAACAGAAACCAGCGGGUCCCCAAGUAAGUGGCCCUCUUUCUAAUGUGAAACAGGCUGGGCCUGCCCCUCAAACUAAGGGGUUGAGCCAAGCUUCUCCUCAAACCAAGGGUGCUGUUCAACCCACCACUCAACCCAAGGGUUCAACUCAGCCACCUUCCCAGACUAAGGGUCCAACACAACCCUCAGCUCAGGGUAAGGUACCUGGUCAAGUGAAGGGUUUGAAUCAGUCACAAUCUCAAAGUAAGGGCCCUGCUCAGUCUGCUAAUCAAAUAAAAGGCACGAGCCAGGCCAAAGGGCCAGCUCAAACAAAAGGUUCUCUUCAGGGCUCUGCUCAGACUAAGGGCCCUUCACAUCCCUCUGGUACCAAGACUUCAUCUACCCCAGGUAAAGCAGCACCCAACCAUGGCAAGCCCUCUCCCACUCCUUCAAAAACAGGUCCAACUCAGUCUAAACCCACAGGUAACAACCAGACGCGAAAACAGAUGCAAAGCCAGGACAAGACAAAAGUCACAUCUAAAUCUCAAAAAGAAGACGUCAAAGCCUCAUCAAAGAAGACAUUGUCAGAGACUGUCACUUCUUCAAAAGACAUGAAGAAUGCUGAAGAUGCUCAGAAGUCAAGACACCAUGAAGAUUACAACAAAUCAAGUACACAAAGUUUAAGUGACACUGGAUACUCUUCAGAUGGGAUCUCGAGCUCUCAAGGAGAAAUUACGGGUCAGAUCCUGGAAGAAGGAAUGAAACUUAAUGAAAGAGGUGCUUCCGUCCCCUCGGAAAUCACCAAGUUAGAAAGCUCCAUGAAACCUCUGUUAGAGUCAAAGACUGCCUCAGACCAGAAGCAUAGACCACAUUCACUGUCCGUAGGACAGGGCAAGGACUAUAAUCCUGAUGAUGAUGCAGCAAGGGAUGAAUCAGAAGAUGAUCUCAGUUGUAAGCUUCGGCAUGAUUAUGUAGAAGACAGUAGUGAAAGUGGUCUCUCACCAUUACCAGUAAGACAGAAGAAGUCACAUAAAGAUUUAACAGAUGAGGAAUAUAUGAGGAGGCAAAUCUUGGAAAUGAGUGCUGAUGAAGAGGAAUUAGAAGAAUAUGGAAACCAGAAAACUAAAAAGCCACAUAAAACCAGUGGGGAUGUGAGCAAAGAGAGACGACGCCUCUCACAACAUUCCAACAGUUUUGAAGAUGACACCAAGGCAUCUGAGGGUGGGUAUAAGGUAAACGAAGAGGAAGAUGUUGUAAUGGCUGGAGGUCUUCGACGAUUUAAGACCAUUGAGCUGAAUAACACCAACAGCUACAACCGUGACAUGGAGCUCAGUACUGAGCAUGACUUACGAGAACCAGAGCUUGAGAUGGAAAGUUUGACUGGUUCUCCAGAGGAGCGUUCAAAGGGAGAAUAUUCAUCCACCCUACCUGCCACCACUCCCAGCUACACCUCUGGGACAUCACCAACAUCUGUGUCAUCCAUGGAGGAUGACAGUGACAGUAGCCCUAGUCGUAGGGCACGACUGGAGGAGGCAAAGCAGCAGAGGAAAGCUCGACAUCGGUCCCAUGGGCCACUCCUGCCUACUAUUGAAGAUUCAUCUGAGGAGGAUGAGCUCAGAGAGGAGGAAGAAUUACUAAGAGAACAGGAGCAGAUGAGAGAUCUAGAACAACAAAGGAUCCGAAGUACUGCCCGAAAAACUAAAAGGGAUAAAGAGGAGCUACGGGCACAGAGACGUAGAGAAAGGUCCAAGACACCCCCCAGUAAUCUCUCUCCUAUUGAGGAUGCAUCACCAACGGAGGAACUAAGACAAGCUGCAGAGAUGGAGGAGCUUCACAGAUCAUCGUGUUCUGAAUACUCACCUUCUAUGGAUUCAGAGGCAGAAGGUUUUGAGAUGAUUGGUGGAAAGCUUUACAAAUCAGGAAAUGAAUUUAAUCUUCCAACCUUCACAUCACUCUACUCACCAACAGAAAAGACAUCAGCAACGUCACCAUCUGACAAAACAUUAAAAAGUGCAGAGGAGGUCUAUGAGGAGAUGAUGAAGAAAGCACAGCUCAUGCAAAGGCAGGGACAACCAAUUAAUCAACAGAAAGGUGCCUCUCAAUCUGAAGGUAAACAUCAUCUUGAAGCUGGUACUGUCCUAACCCCUGGUUCAAGCCCAACACAAGUUACUGCACCAGUGUCCUUCUCCACAACAGGCAGUGAUCCGAGAAUUGCAGGAAUUCAUGCAGCCCAGCAUCUAUCAAAAGAAACACAAAACAGGAUGAUGACACAAAGUGCCAAAAUUGAAGGCGUUGUUGGAGUUGCCACAACCAAAGCCCAAGUGAGUCAGACUGCCACAACUCGACAGGCAAGUAGCACAGUGGCUGCUGGGAACAGAGGAGGUUCUCAGAGGCCAACACAGGCAACAGCUGAGACUGGAUCAUCCUCAUUGUCCUCCAAAGUGUUUUCCCUUUUCAAAGGGCCCAGCCCCCCAGUCUCCCCCACUAGUUCCCCAGCACAAAGCCCAACACAUACGCCAUCUGUGCGACCCACAAGUGGAAGUGGCAGGCAACUGCCAACUUUGCCUGGUGGUCCUGCAUCAGCCACAGCGUCCCAUGGAGCACAGGCACCUCAGAGGGCAAUUUCACCACGUCUUGUACGACAGCCGUCCUCUCAAGAUUCACCAGUGAUGGUAAUAACACUGGGUUCUGAAACAACUAGUCCUUCCAAACCACUUACUGUAAAUUCUUCCACUUCCCCUUUGUCAUCACCAACCCAGGUUAGUUGUAAAACACUGUAUAGCUCUCAGCCCCCUUCGACAAGUUCCCCAACAUUACCACAAGUUAAUCAAUCUCAACAGCCUCUGAGACAUUCUUCUCAGGUGGCUCAAAAUGCUGAAAAGGUAAAUGUUGGUAUUAACGCUGUGACCACAACUUCCCAUAAUCGUGGAUCAAUGGAAAAUAUAUCUCUUUGUAAAAUAUCAAAUAUUCCAGGGACUUCAUUGGUUGUGGGUCAAGGCCAAACGCAUCAAAAUACUAAUGUUGUGGAUUUGAGAGCCCCAAUGAGGUCUGCUCCAAUUAUAAUGACAGACCAGGGGAUGGACCUAACAUCCCUUGCCUCUGAUACAAGAAGAUACUCAUUAGGAACAGAGCAGCCAUCUGGUAGACACACAGCAGUGCAACCACUCAUUAUGAACCUUAAUGCACAAGAGCAACCACACAUAUCCGUAUCAACACCCACCACUGUUAGUGUUACAGUUGCAAGUUCAAUGUUCAUUUCCCAACCUAAGCAACCAGUUGUGUAUGGAGAUCCUUUGCAAAACCGUGUGGAUCUAGGGCAAGGUGUUGGAUCAGCUGUUUGUUUAACCCAGAGUAAGCCACAAAUUACUGAUCCCACCAUUCCUAAAAUUGAUGCCUGCUUAGAAAAUCUGGGUCUACAGCAGCAACAAUUGCAAUUACAGCAGCAGAAGCUCUUACAGCAGCAGCAACUUCUUGAACAGCAACUCCAGCAACACCAACAGCAAUCCUCUUUUGCUCGUUACAAUUUAGCCAAUCAGGUUCAGCCACUGCUGAUGAAGAAAGACCUUGUAGUGAGCCAGACCAGUAGUGCCCAGUCUGCCGUGACUGUUAGUGCCAUACCUAGAGUAUCGCCCCUGGCUCCACCAUCAGCAUCUGUGUCUCCUGCUUCUAAUGUUACUCAUGAAAUGUAUGGAGGAGUUGCCUUAGAGCUAAAAAACAAGCCGACUGUAAUGAACCUGUCCACAGGUAAGCCACAUGUUAUGAUGGUGCAACUUGAUGAGAGUAACACAUCACAAGCUGCCACAGUGACGCAGUUGGUAAAACGGGAGGAACCUCCUCCUCCUCCUCCUCCUCAGGUCUUGGAUCUUACUGGACAGAUCAAACCAGAGAACCAAGUGGCUUGUUGUGAUGUUGUUUACAAAUUGCCCUUUGCUGGUUCCUGUACAGGAUCAUUUACUCAGAAGCCUGCCACAGUGUCCUCAAAUAAAAUCGCCACCACUGAAACUUCUCAUGCUGGUCAUCCUCCUGAUCCACCCCACUACAGUGUCAGUCAGCAACAACAACAACAACAGCCUCAAGUUACACAAAGCAUGACAGAAGAACAUAAACCAUAUCAACCAGCUCUAGCCCCCUCAGGAAGAAUACAGCCCUCUAUGUCUGAUACGAAUCUGCCUUUGAUGACUGAUGCUGGUCACCAUCAGAGUAACGUCCAUGGGGGACUGGCAGUAGAUCUUAGCACUAUGAAUCAAGCAUAUGACGGUGGUUACCUUGGCAUGGGAGCACAGUAUGGUUCUUACACAGACUUACGUCACCAAGGAGAUUUUGCAGGCCCUUCAUUACCCCUGCGCCGAUAUGGCUCCAUGUCAAAUAUUAAUUCAGACUAUACCUACAAUUCACGUGAUCCAUCAGCACCACAAGAUGCCAAUCUGGCUCAGUAUAGUGCAACCACUGCAAGGGAGAUCAGUCGCAUGUGUGCAGCACUUAAUUCUGUAGACCACUUUGGAAGCCGGUAUGGAAAUAACCCUGAACUGGGACCCUACGGGGCUGGACGAGGUGGACCUUUAGCAAGACUAAAUCUACAGCAAAGCUUGGCUUCGAUAAGAGCAAAUUUACUUUAUGGACCAGAUGGCAGACCAACAGCAAAUGGCCAAACCUUAACAAAUUUGAUAAAUGCAAGACAAGCAAGCAUACGCGCCUUGUACCCUGCUGCUAUGCGAGGAGGUGAUGGCAUGAUAUAUUCCACUAUAAACACUCCCAUUGCCUCUACCUUGCCAAUUACGACACAGCCUGCCCCUGUCCUGCGCGCCAUGCCUAGAGGAAUUUACAGACCGUACCCUGCAGGUGUUACUGCUGUACCCUUGGCUAGUCUUACCAGGUUGCCUCAAGUGACUCCCAGGAUGCCUCUGUCCACACAGGGACCAUAUUCUUACCCUCCUCCAAACCAGUAUCCUAAUUCAGCCACACUACCGGGAAGUGUGCCUGCAGUAAGCAGCUCACACUUGGAAACUCCAAUGUACCUUGGAAAGCCUUUAACAACAGUUACUGCGCAAACCUCCGAAACCAUUCCACCAACCCAACCUGCAGCACACAUAGGAGCACCCAAUAUAUUAGCACCUGGUACACAAACCACAGUAGAUCAGCAAAUACACCCCAGUCAACUCAGUUCACAGAGUAUUACAUCCCUUUCUCAAGCUCAAGGCCAAUCUCCAACUGUUCAGCCAGUGCAGACUAAAAUGCAGCCACAGCAGUUACCUACUCAGACUGAGCCUUUGUCUUUGACACAUACCCAGCCCCAAGUUCAACCCAUCAGUGAACCUCAACCAUUAGUUCUACCACAAGGCCAGUCACAAACAGCAGCACACAGUACUGGUUUAGCAUCAAGUCCUAAACUUUCUCCUCCCAUCGAUACACAGAAAGGUAAGGAAGAUGAGAGACUCAGUCAGCAACAAGAGCAUGUGCUGCAGCUAGAGCGAGAGCGUGUUGAACUGGAAAAAAUGCGGCAGAUGCGCCUACAAGAAGAGCUUGAAAGAGAUCGUAUGGAGCUUCAGCGUCACAGAGAAAAAGAACAGCUACUUGUCCAGCGUGAGAUUCAAGAACUGCAGACAAUUAAACAGCAGGUCAUACAACAGCAGCAAGCAGAACGUGAAACACAACUCAUUAUGCAAAGAGAGCAACUGGCCCAGCAGAGAAUGCAGCUUGAGCAAAUUCAGUCUCUACAGCAGCAGCUCCAGCAGCAACUAGAGGAACAAAAAAGGCAAAAAACUGCAGCAGUUGAGGCAGCAGCGGCUGCUGCCGCAGCUGAGGCUGCUGCUGCAUCAGCUGCAGCAGCAGCAGCAGCAACAUCUGCCCAGGGUGCUAUACAAGGUGUAGUUGUUGGAGGGGGGACCCCUCAAGGGUUCAUUAUCUGUGAUCAGAGUGGUAGAGUUAUUCAACAAGAUGGACAGAGUGUUCAGUUUUGGCAGGAUGGACAAAUGGUCCAAGCUAUGGUGGCUGCUCGGCCAAUUCACAGUUCUGCUUCUGAAAUGUCUUUGAGAAGCAGUGAAAAACAAUCUGAUUCGAAGGUCAUGAAAAAGCAGAACUCCAUGCCACGGCUCAGGGAUGGCACAGAGGAGGACUCUGUGAAAAGAAUUACGGACAGCUGUGUGCAAACAGAUGAUGAAGAUGGAGAAGACAGAUUCAUGAAUAGGCGCAGGAGAACAAGGCGUAUUGCAGACUGCAGUGUGCAGACAGAUGAGGAAGACCAGGCUGAAUGGGAACAGCAGCCAGUAAGGCGCAGGAGGUCACGUGUAUCCAAGCACUCUGAAUCCAGUGGUGAGGCUAAAUCUGAGGCAUCAAAAGUGGCUUCUGCAAGUAUAGCUAUUCAGACAACAAGUGAUUCAUCAUGCCAGACAGAGCCAGACCAAUUAGGCAGGGUUUCACCUGCAAUUCACAUCACCAUGGCAGAGACUUCAAAAGUUGACCUUUUGCAUUACAUAGCAGCUCCUGAAAGAACCCACAAAGGAGAGAGUCUUGCCUGCCAGACAGAACCAGAGUCUCAUUCUCAGGGCGUGGUCGCCCCUCAGCUGAGUGUCCCUACAACUAUCAGUCCCUACUCAACAAGUCUGCACAUAGUAGGUUCAAACACAUCUGACCCAACAUCUCCUAGACUCCAAGGAGUUGCUAAGUUUGAGAGAAGGAAACCAGACCCCCUCGAAAUAGGCUAUCAGCAGCAACAAAAUGAGUCUCCAUCUCGCCAGGCUCCCAAAUCUCCCCAAGUGUUAUAUUCUCCUGUAUCUCCACUGUCUCCUCAUCGUAUGUUAGAGACAACUUUUGCCUCCCAAGAGAAGCUUAACAAGGCCCACGUUACCCCACAGCAGAAGGCUUUUACUGCUGAAUCGCCCCAACGCCACCAGACUCUACCAAGACCCAUAAAAAGUGUGCAGCGCUCUAUGUCGGAUCCCAAGCCUCUCAGCCCUACGUCAGAAGAUCCUGCAAAGAACCGAUUCUCUCCAUAUCAUCAGCAGGCUUUGUCUAACAGUCAGCAGAUGGCCUCCCUGCAGCAGCAACAGAACUCUCUGAUGAGGAAAGUAAAGAGGACUCUCCCCAGCCCCCCUCCAGAGGAAGCUCCACUCCCCAUUGUCACUCCAGCACAAAUGUACAGCUCUCCUGGAAUGCACCAAAGGGUCCUUCCAAGACCAGCCCAGGGAGUCACCAAGGCUGGUCUGUUGAGUGAGCUAAAAGCUGUGGAACAAGAGUCGUCAAAGCUCCGUAAGCAGCAAGCCGAACUGGAGGAAGAAGAAAAAGAGAUUGAUGCCAAGCUGCGUUAUUUGGAGCUAGGCAUCACACAGCGAAAGGAGACAAUGGUGAAGGAGAGGGAGAGAAGAGAGUUGGCUUACCUGCGAUGUAUGGGUGAUGCCCGAGAUUACAUGUCAGAUAGUGAGCUCAAUAACCUCCGGAUGGCAGCUGCCACUGGAACUUUUGAUGCGAACGGUUUGCUUACAAGGCCCAGUACUGCACCACUGAGUCAGUUUUCUAAUGACCUAAAUCCAACCCCGCAGUAUCCCUCAACUUCAUCUUAUAUGUCGUAUCCAUACCCUCAAAGUCAGCCAUCAACACAGCAGCCAGGUCCUGCUUAUCAACAGAUAGGUUUCCAACCUCCUCAGUACCCUUCUUCUUCUGCACCACAGCCAGGAACGUUCCAGCCCCAUCCCCCACCAGGCCCGGGCUACCAAAACCAGGGAACCUAUUCAUCUCGCAUUUACUCCCAGUCCUCCUAUCAGACAGAUAUUGGCAUGCAGCAGCAUGGUCAUCAAGGCUUCCAUUCACCUGCUCAGCCUAUGCCAGGACAGACCCUUCCUUACCCCAGCCACAGUUCUUACCAACCUGCCCUCUCCUACCAGCCCCAGGCAGAAAUCCUCACAGUCCAUCAAAGACCAAGGCAAACUUCUUUGGCUGAUCUUGAACAAAAACUCCCCACCAACUAUGAGGUCAUCAGCAACCCAGCAGUGUCAGUGGCAACAUCAGCUCCAGAUGCCAACUUCGGUUCACCCUAUGGUAAUGCAUAUGGACCAUACCGUGCCCCCGAGCCUGGCCUGACUCACUCUGUGGACAGCCCAACGUCUACUUAUGCUUCAGAUGGUCUCUACACUUCUAACUUGGAGCAGAAUAUUCCUAGAAACUAUGUGAUGAUUGAUGACAUCAGUGAGUUGACUAAAGACAACACUAGCCAACCCACUGAUGCCCUUGGUCACCCUGUUGGAGGACGAUAUCGCAGUGAGAAUGGUCCUGCACGUGGCAGUGCCUACGGUAGGCCUGAAGAUGAGCCUGUUGAUGCCUAUGGCAGACCUACAGGCUCAGCAGGUUACCAGACCACUGUGGACAGUCGCACAAGCACCACUGUGAGUGGAAGUUCUUCUUAUUACUAUGAUGACUAUAAACAAACAUCACGGAGCAGCUCUGGUAGUCACAAACUCACACCCAAGAAUCUUGCCCCCGCCGUAGUCUCCUCUAAACGUAGUAAGCACAGGAAGCAGGGAAUGGAGCAGAAGAUUUCAAAAUUCUCCCCCAUUGAGGAAGCCCGGGAUGUGGAGUCUGACCUUGCAUCUUACACAAUGACAACAUCAACAGGGGGAUCUUGCACAGUUGUGUCCAGAUCCAAGAAGCUUCAGGAUGAUGUCACCUAUGGGAUAAAGAAAAAUGCGUAUGACCAGCAGAAAUAUUAUGGCACUAGUCGUGAGGGUCUUGAGGAAGAGGACCGCAUGUACAGUUCUGGUAGGUCAAGGUCAACAGGAUAUGGUAUGGACAAGAUUUCCUCUAGAGAUGCAUCAGGUCACCGGAGUAAAUCGUAUGAAAGAGACGCCAUGGAACGGUCUCAGAGGACCAGCCGCAGUGGACGGCCUCCCAUGCGCAGUCAGAAUUCAGAAGAGGAGAGCCCACUGAGUCCUGUUGGGAAGCCUGUAGGUAUGGGAAGAAGCUCAGGCAUAUCAGAGGCCCAUGACGUGAGAAAUCAGUACGGCUCCAGCCAUUCACUGCCAGACGUGCAGGACCACCACAAGAAAGACUUACCCAGAAGUCAUGUCUACAAACCAGAUGACCCUUAUCUUGUAGAUGACAUGCACUGUGCUGUUUCUGACAGUGAAGCCUAUCAUUUGGGCCAAGAGGAGACUGACUGGUUUGAGAAGCCUCGGGAAGCCCGUUCUGAUCGCUCAAGACACCAUGGAAGUGGGGGUCACUCAUCCACAGGUAGACGCAGUAAACACACCUACCAUGAUUAUGAUGAGCCUCCAGAGGAAUACGCUCCACAGGAUGAAUACAACCAACAACGUCCUUCCUCCACAUCACGGGACCAUCGUCACCAUGGCAGCAGCUCAGGCAGACACAGCUCUUCUCGUCACUCUGCAGAAGACCCUAGGGCGUCACGUUCUUCCAGGACCCAUCCCAAAGACCCAUCUGGCCGCUCUGAGGGCAGAGGCUCAUCGUCUACACAGAGAAGAAGUGCUUCAGACUCCCGUUCUGCCCAGGGAAGUCCUCGGAACUCAGGAGACUUCUCUCGUGACACAGCCUCUGGACAUCAUCAUGGCACUGGGGGAAGGGGCCAGAGACCACAAGGGGAUCGUGCAACCUCCAGAAGACAGGAUCCAUCUGCAGUAGGUCCUAAACCUCAGCAACAGCAGCCCCCACAAGGUCAUUCUGGGCAACAGCGGUCCAGUGGACAUGGCCAGCCUGGGAGACAUCCAGGCUCUGAAACUAUUGAUGGUUCCCAACAAGGCCAGCAACAGCAUCCACAAACUGCACAGCUGCAGCAGCAGCAGCAGCAGCUGCAGCAGCAGCAGCAGCAACCGCAGCAGCAACAGCAGCAGCAGCAACCACUGCAGCACAACCAGACCCCUCAGAGCAGCCACUCCAUGACAGCUACAGCAGGAGCUGGACCAGCACAGCAGCAGCCAAAAUCUGGUCAAGGCCCACCACAGGGACGCCAGCCAGGUGCAGGGUCUGCUGCUGGGCAGCCACCAACACCGGCAAAAAUGGAUGCCACACCUGCAGCAGCUGCACCAAGCAUGAAACCUACAACAGGAAUCCCAACAGCACCUCAGCCAACCAAAAUAGCCACACCCCCUCUAACAGGCAUUGGCUCCAAGGCCGCUCCUGUUGGGAUCGGCAGCAAACCAGGAGGCAUAGGCAGUGCUGCAGCUGGCCAGCCUCCCGCUGAAGGGGAUAACGUUAUUACCAAAAUCCUUCAAGGAGGGGCAGCAGAGCAGGCGGGAAAACUGGGAGAUGCUUUGUCUGGCCUUGGGAAGAAGUUCACUUCAUUUUGGUGAACUAGAGAAAGGACAUCCAGAGCUGACGUGAGAGGGAUUGGUUGCUUUUGUACUGGAAAACCUAUGAAACUGCAUUGAAUACAUUUUAUAUAAAAGAUUAAAUACAUGGCAAGCGAGUGAGUGCAUCAAGCUGGAAUCAAAGGAUGCCUUGUCAGCACUGAAUUCCCCAGACAUGGGUCCAUGAUUGUGAAGUGAAUUAAAUAAGGGUGAUCGCUUCGUCAGCGCAGUGUUAGAAGACAUGAGGGCUGAAAGAGGACAGUGGUCAAUAAUGAGGAUGUGAUGAACUGGAGAGAGGGGGAUGGGGGACACGAGUCCUACUUCCCCUUGUCUUCUAGAGAAACCUCCCGGGAUCUGUGUGACUGUAAAAGCCUUGCUAACUGAGGCAGGUGGAUAUGAUCGGAGAAAUUUAGCAGGUUUUUCCAUGCAUGCCCCCACCCCAGCCCUUUCAAACAGCUCAAUAAAGGAAGCCUCAGAACGCCCUCUACAGGGAUUUCAAUGCAACGCGACUCAUGUCUGAGGAGUUCUCACCUCGCAGGGAUAUUUGAUUCUAGACCGAUGCCUUUGGAUUGAAAAAAAAAAAAAAAAAAAUAGAUUUCAUAGGUUUUCCUUUUACCAAAGCUACUGACCUUAGCCCACAAUGACACCGCGUAUCCAGAGCAGACAAGGCGUAUCACGGCAAUGACAACCAACCUGAUAACUCCACUAUUAUCCUUGAAUGCUUGGUUUCUCUGAUCUCUACAAUACAUUCCAGUAUAGGGAAUUUGACCCUUUCUUUGAAUGUGUUUUCCUUUUUCCCGCUUUUCGUUGCAAUGUCUACAGAAUGCAAUGUGUUAAACGUGGACAUGAGAAUGCACGCACAAAUGAAAAACUGAAGAAAAGAAAAAAAAAGCCCAUAUCAGUACCUUUUCACCACCUAUAAGAUGCCGCUAGUCAUUAGCUGUAGGUUUUUAGGGAAGGGAAUUACUACCAGUGUGCCCACACGUGUGAGAUCUUCACACAGACGAGAGGACCAAACGAAAGAGUGGCUACGGCUCUUUAUUAGCCAUCGCAAAGCCAUCGUUAUAGUCAGCUCCAGAGCCUUCUGGGACUUUAUCCUUUUUAUCGAUUUCUCUCAUCUCUUAGUUUCUUUUCAUUUUUGCCUGAUAUUCACUGAAUGGAAGAGCCUUAUUCAGUACCGUUUUUACUUGUAUACCUCAUUUGUUUUAAAAAUGUCCAUAUCAUCAUGCAUUUCUUUUUACACUGUAUACUAUUGUAUGUACAUAAAACAAAUCAGAGAUCUAAUUAUGUAAAUUUGUCACUUGUGUAUUUAAUGAAUCACUUUCCAGUGACUUUCUUUUUUUGUUGUUAUGUGUUUUUCUUUGGUAAAACUUUAUAUUUUUCACUUUUUAUUUGUUGAAAUCUCUGUUUUCUUGCAUCGAAUAAUUUGCUUAUUGAUUUUUUAAAAGCAAUAGCAUGCAGAAAAUGGUAUAUAGCACAAUGGUAUAAAUGUUGUUUAAAUUAGUGAUGGGAAAUAUCAAACACUUCUGUCAAUAAAUAGCUGUAAUACAAUUUGUCAGAGGGUUUACAACCACACAGUACCAUGUACAGACAUGCAUGAUAUGUGCAGAUGCAUAAGAGCAUGCGGACAGGUACGAAACACACUCACACACACUCUCUCUCUUUAUCUCUUGCAAAUAUGUACACUUAACGCAUACUGUACACAUUACACACUUUGCAUCCUAGUUACACAUCAGAGCCAAGGUUAACUGAGUUGUCACCUACCAGACCUGACAGCCUCCUGCUGAUAGAUGAGGUUACAAUUCACGAACAAGAUGAUCUCACUAACAAGCUGGGCCCACUGCCUCUAUUCGUGCAAACACACACAUGCAUACAGAUACAAGAGAGGACGAAAGCAAUUAUCAAUUCAAAUGUUCUAUGCAAUGACUCAUUUUGAACCUGGAAGUGAUUCAGCCUAAAAGGAAAAAAAAAAAAAAAACGUUUAUUAUCAUCAUUGUACUCACAAGAAAAAUUACUGAAAUUAUGAACGAGAAUAGUAAAAAAAAAGAAAAAAGAAAAAAGAGAAGUACUGAAAAUGUUUUUACUUAGCAACUUGUCUGUAUGAAUUUGAAUAUUGAAUAUUGAACUAGAAUUGUUUUUAUUUUCGUGGCAUGUUUUGAUCCCUCACUCCCCGCACGGGGGGGAAACUUGUUGCCAAAGGGUAAACUGUGUAGACUGUCGGUUUUGAAUGUCCACCAUCAUGUUGCUUUGAAGCAUGGGUUUGCUUGGCUUUGUCUGGCUGUUUGUAAGCCCUCAUUCAGUUUUUGUGCAUUUUGGCUGACCUGGGCUCCUCAGUGUUUGGCUUGCAGUGACUGUCUGUGCUGCUAUAAACCUGUGAUACAGAUGGUCAGCACUCCUCAUUAAUACGUGUCAAUGUACAUAGUGGGUGUCCGUGUAACCUGUGGGGUGAAUGGAAUGCUUCUAUUGGAUAUCUCAUUGUUGAUUAACCCACUCAGCAGCAAAGCCAUUGGAAAGGUGCAUGAUUCGACCUUAUAUUCUUGAAAGUUGUACCUGAAUUUAAAAAGGUAAGGCAUGAUUUCACCAAGGUUUGCCUAAUGAACCUUGACUUUCACUGGCCAGUGUAGAGAAUAUUAAUGAGUAAAAUGUUCAGCCAGUCAUUCACUAAUCAGGGCAUGUCAUUCUGAAAGCACAAGCCUGACUGGUAGCACUUACUGCUUGACGAACCGAUGGAAUACGAAGGUUGUGUAACAGUGCCUCUAACUGAUGAGCGUAAGAUCUGUACCAAAACAGGGGGGAGAGGCUAUCUGGUCCAUGUGAGGGGCACGAGACAAAGCAGUCUUCGGUGCAGCCAUCCGGAUUAACGGAAAGACAGACAGACACAUUCUCACAUUCUUACUGUAAAUACCAGUUCAUUCUUCUGUACAGCUUUUCAGUUUUCAGUACGGCUGUCAUGUGCAUCCCCAUGCCGUAUUUGUUGCCAAUUUUUUGUGUAUAAAAAGAAUAUUUAUUAUCACAAUGAGGAUGAUGAUGAAACUAAUGAUGAUGACUAUUAUUAUUAUUACUGCAUAAGCAUAGUGUAUGUGGCUGACUUGUAUUGACUGUUUACAACAGUGGAACAAAUCUCGUAUUCAGAAACAUAUCCGGUCCGUGUAGAGUUUCUAUACAUAUUGUAUUUGUAAAACAAGAAGAAAAAACCUCCUUGGCAAUUGCAGAGUGUAGAAUGCCUUUGUCAGACAACCAGGAGGUCUUCAGUUUGGUGGAUAUGAUCUGCACGCUGAUGAAAGGGAAGCAGAGUCGGAGGGGGGACGGGGAACGAAACAAAAACUCUGGAAAAUGUCAUUCACUGUUGUAAGUGCAAUGGGCAAAAUGUCAGUCGUGUAUCCAUUGUGAAACCUUGUGUUCUAUUCAGUGUAUUCCUGUAAACAGAUAGAGUAAAAUUUUGGUGCAUCAUGUCAAGUAAUGUGAUUAAUGAAAAUAUUGACCCUGCAAUUUCCAAACCGAGAAAAGAAUAAAAAGAAAAGGAAUAUAUUGUGA